AAUUUUGGUUCACUGAUAAGUAUGCCUCUGUUUGCUACAAUCACAAUGCACAUAAGCAAUCUGUAUUUUGUAAAUAUAGAUCACAGAAAUAAUGUAAUGGUUGUAAAGGAUUAAGGAGAUAAAAAAUACAUGGACGUCAUCAAUCACUGUGUGCCUCCUCCUCCAUCUCUUUUUGGGGUGUUCUAAGUUAAGAAUGGGGGACACGCCUCCUAUUUCUGAAAAGGAGGAGGGUUCCCUGCCGGACCAUGUACGUGAUUUACAUUCACAAGACAGAACUAUAAAUACGCGUGGGGACUGACAGAAUUGGACUGUUGCGUUUAUAUGACUCUUGGGUUUUUCUUAGGCCGCGAAAGUCUCUGAGGUGACCAGCCGGCUUCGGCAUCCCUGCAGCUACGGCAAAGACAGCGCCGGCCCCCGCGCGAGAAUAACUGUCAAGGCGCAGUCUCCUGCCGGCAGAGACAGUGUGUCAAACCUAGGCUGGGCCGGGUGAAGAGGAGACGGUAGCCCUUCUCCUCUCCAAACUCGCUUGACAGGCCCGAGCCAGGCGGGCGCCAUGCUAGAAACCAAAAUGGCUGCCCCGGGGAAAGCAGCCCAACCCGAAGAGCACCGAGGGGGACGUGCCGAGUGACGCCCGCCGCGCCGCGCCACGCCUCACCGGACCCGCCACACGCAGCACUUUACCUUGUGAAGAUAUUUAGACCAGAGCACAAGCCAUGAUCAAAUUUUUUCUGAUGGUGAACAAACAAGGCCAAACAAGGCUCUCUCGUUAUUAUGAAUACAUGGACCUUCAUAAGCGGACAGUUCUGGAAGCUGAAGUAAUCAAGCAGUGCCUUUCUCGUUCAAAGGAGCAAUGCUCCUUUCUUGAGUACAAAGAUUUUAAGUUGGUCUAUAGACAAUAUGCUGCUCUUUUCAUAGUAGUUGGAAUCAAUGAAACAGAGAAUGAAAUGGCUGUAUUUGAACUGAUUCAUAAUUUUGUUGAGGUUUUGGACAAAUAUUUCAGCAGAGUGAGUGAACUAGAUAUCAUGUUCAAAUUAGACAGAGUGCACAUCAUUUUGGAUGAAAUGGUUCUAAAUGGUUGCAUUGCGGAAACUAAUAAAACCAGAAUUCUUGCACCUCUUCUGGUUCUUGAUAAAAUGGCAGAAACGUAGAAGAGACAAGCCAGAAGAUAAUACUGUACAUAUUCAAAAAAUAUUCUUCAAAUGCAAAGGACAAUUCAUUUUUUAGUUUUUUAGUUUUUGCCAAAUUGUGAAUAAUUCUUUUCAGGCUGAAAGAUCACAUUUUUUACUACCAUGCCAAAUAUUUUGUGAAGUUUGUAAUCUGCUUGAGGAAUUAAACAAAUUA